UGAGGUUAUUAUUAUAAUAUGUUUUAACUAUAUGAUUAUUCUUUUCAAGUGUGGAAAACUUUGACCUCUUUUUAGUGAAAAUUGCACAGUAAAUGAAGCAACUUUUCAUCCUCUUUACAAAACCUUUUAGUUAAUCAUGGUUGUAAUCAUGGCUUGUGAUGUUUUCACCUUCUACUUGUGUACAUUAGUGGACAUUAUUACAAGUACGUCUCACUUUUAAAUCUCUUCCAUUCGUUCCCUUAUAGGUAAGCCUGUUGCUAUAACUUUUCGGGCAUACUCAAUUUCUUUUUGGCUGGUUAGUGUGUGAGACAUGGCCGUGCCAGAAAAUAGGAAGUGGAUGGAUGCUAGAUUAGAUGGUCGUAAGCGCCUGACAGAAGAAUUUGUUGUAGGAGUUCAUGAGUUUAUCAAGCAUGCUUGUGAACAUGAUCAGUUUCAUUUAAGCUUUAAUUUGCUUUUAGAUUUAGGAUCCAUUUACUGAACUACUACCAUAUGUUGCUUUGAAACUCUGCCUGCAUGAGUUAAAAAUGAGGAGUCGAGCCUUCAAAGUUCUGUGUAGCAGCACCUUGUUUUGUCAAUUUAGAACUUAGGCAUAAAGGUGUGAUGCUACAAGUGUACUGAAAUUUGACUUAUUAAACUUGCUACUAAUAAAUCUAGAGGUAGUUAGAUAAAAUAGAAAAUCUAAGCAGUGUCUAACAAGUUUUAAAUUGUAAAGUUUGGAUGUAUUAAAUUGAAUUGUAAUUUUACAACAACUAAGGAGUUCCAUUCAGCAUCUUAGUUGCUGGUUUUUUCUUUUGACUGCAAGAAGUGUGUUCUGGUUUAUGGUAUUUGUACAGGACAGGUAUGUAGCACAAUUGGAUUUGGCCAUAUUUUGCUUUCUCAUUUUAUGAACAUUUAAACUAAUUUACAAUUUUAUGCAGAAAAUUUCAAGUGACAAGGAUCUAGGUUGUUGGGAUGUAUUUCUGAAGACCCAUCGAUAUAAAAAAGAUCCCACAAAGUUUGUCUCCCCAGUAGCAGAACAAAUUGCAGCUGAUUAUGAAAGAAGUGUUACUGUACGAGACUCACAAGAGAAUGUUGAAGGUGCCAACAAAAAAUCUGAUGAUGAUAUCUACUUGGAGGUUGUUGGAGGUGUGAACACAAAGGGGAGGAUAUAUGGAUUGGGGCAACUAGCUGAAAAAUAUAAACGUUCUGCAACAACUGUUGACAUCUCACUUUCAGAGCAUGAGACCAUGAGGCAUCUUGUUUCUAAAUUAUCAGAUGAAAAUGCGAUGCUUAAGGAUCAAAUGAAGAGUUAUGAUGAGAAGUUUGAAUUCAUGCAGAGAUUCAUCAUUGAGAGAACCAGUCAAUGUCCUUCAACCUCUGCUAAUCCACCUACCAACCAGCAGAAUCCAGAUGAUGGUGAUGAUGAUAAUGAGUUUGAAGAUUAGUGUAAUGACCUUCCAUUACUACCAAACAUGUUCUGUUACUGAAGUUAUGUAUUUUGAUUUGUGCUUUGGUGAUGUCUUUUAUGUUUGUGUUAUUGUACUAUGUUGUCUUUUAGAUUUGUGAUAUGAAUUGUACUGUGGUUAUGAAGACAGUGUCUAUUAUCUUAUAUAUGUUGACUUUAUGUCUUAAUAUGGAUGUGAAACUUUUAUUCGA